CUCAAAUUAGCUUCAUGUUGCAUGUUUAUUAUAACUUCUAUUAAUUAGGAAUAAAGGAUUAACUGUUGUUUUCUGUAUAGGCAGACAUGCUGGGAUCAAGGUUUCUUUAAGAGAUGAGAGCGCCAUUUUAAAUAAAGCCACCCUAUGAGAGAAUGGCUACAUCACUUACGAGAUCUGCUCCAGGUGAGCUCAACCAUUGGUGGUGCCAGCUAAGAUUCCGCCUCCAGAACAGGAAAGGAUUGGACUUGAAUCUGGAUGAAACAUUUCUGCUGCAGAGUAAACUGAUAAAUGACAUCCCUCUCUUCUUUGCUGCCAAAGAAAACAGUUCAGGUUGCAUUAAGAAACUUCUGGACUGUGCGUCCACAAACGUCUUUGAGAGAGGUGCGCUGGGUGAGACUGCCCUGCAUGUAGCAGUUCUGUAUGAUAACAUGGAGGCUGCUGUUGCUCUGAUGGAAGGAGCACCUGAACUCAUCAAUGAACCCAUGACCUCUGACCUCUUUCAUGGUAUGACUCCUCUUCAUGUUGCCGUGGUGAAUCAGAACAUUAACCUGGUCCGUAAUUUGAUUGCUCGUGGGGCAGAUGUGACCACACCCAGAGUUACAGGCCUGUACUUCAGGAAGAGGCCAGGAGGGCAGCUCUACUAUGGUGAGCACAUUCUGUCAUUUGCGGCCUGUGUGGGCAAUAAAGACAUCAUCUCCUUGGUGAUCAAUGCCGGAGCUAGCACCAGGGCCCAAGACUCCAUUGGUAAUACAGUACUGCACAUCUUGAUCCUCCAGCACAAUAAGGCAAUAGCAUGUCAAACAAUGGAUAUGUUGUUUUCAUAUGACCUUAAGUUGGACCAUGCUGUGCCACUGGACAUGGUGCCUAACUUCAACGGCUUAACACCCAUCAAAAUGGCCGCCAAGAAGGGCAACCUUGUGGCAUUCCAGCACCUGGUCAACCGAAGACGACUUGUUCAGUGGAACAUGGGACCCCUGACCUCAAACCUUUAUGAUCUUGAAGAGAUUGACUCCUGGGCCGACGCGCUCUCUGUACUGGAGCUCAUUGUGGGCAGCCAGAGGAGAGAGGCAAGGAGAAUACUGGAAGUGACCCCAGUUAAGCAGUUGGUCAGUCUAAAGUGGAACCUCUAUGGAAAACAUUACUUUAGAUUUUUGCUGCUCCUGUACCUUCUGUACAUCGGGAUCUUCACUCUGUGUUGUAUGAAUCGCCCUCUAAAGGAUGCUCCGGAGAAUUACACUGAUUCUGAUAGGGACAAAACCAUCCGCGUGCAGAAAACUCUAUCUGAGAGUUAUGUAACCUAUGAUGACAAUUUGCGUCUGGCAGGAGAGAUUAUCAGCAUCGUGGGAGCCCUGGUUAUUCUGCUACUUGAGAUCCCAGAUAUGCUAAGAGUGGGGGCCAAGAAAUACUUUGGACAGACAGCUCUGGGGGGUCCUUUCCAUGUCAUUCUUAUUAGCUUUGCCUGCCUGGUGGUACUUCUGUGUGUGUUCAGGCUCUGUGAAGUGCAGAGAGAGACAGAUGUAAUGGCUGUUUGUCUGGUGCUUGCCUGGAGUAAUGUCCUGUUCUUUGCCCGAGGAUUUCAGAUGCUGGGGCCUUAUGUCAUUAUGAUCCAGAAGAUUAUAUUUGGAGACCUGACCAAGUUCAUGUGGCUGAGCUUCAUCAUGCUCAUAGGGUUUUCCACCUCUCUGUGGAUGGUGUACAUGACUCAGGAACCAGGCUCUCUCCCUUCAUACUACUCCUUCCCCAUCACUCUGUUCUCCCUGUUCGAGCUGAGUGUGGGUCUCAUUGACCUGCCAGUGGACCACACCAUCUUAACGCCCCCUGUUGUUCAUGUGCUGCACUGCACCUUCUCUGUGGUCUCCUACUUACUGCUGAUCAAUGUGCUCAUAGCCAUGAUGAGUGACACGCAAUGGAGGGUAGCUCAGGAGAGGGACGAGCUCUGGCGGACCCAGGUGGUGGCCACCACCCUGAUGUUGGAGAGGAGACUGCCCCGUUGCCUGUGGCCCCGGCUGGGGGUGUGUGGCCUGCUCUACGGCCUGGGGGAGCGAUGGUACUUACGUGUUGAGGAUCGCAACGACGUAACGUUGCAAAAGAUGAGUCGCUACAUCCAAGCCUUCUCCAAGGAUGACGAUCAGGGCAAGGAGUGCGUGCAGACUGAGAGCGCUGACACAUCGAAAGACUAUAUCAAUGAAAACAGGAAGUCUGUCGUGCACUGGCAGAUGAUUCGCCACAGCGUUCUGAGUUUAGAGUUGGAACCGGAGGAGCCGGAAGAUGACCAGGAAAUAAGAUAUGUCUGAUGUCGCUACACUACCAAUGCAAAUUUACAUUUUUGUGAAAAUUACAGGUUUUUAUUGUUGAAACCUCAGAUUGUUCCAUGUGCAGUCACUAUGCCGACCAAGCAAAGAGAAUGGGUUUAAACUUAAAGUACCUUGGUAGAUGACUCGCUUUAAAUGGCACACAGAAUGUCAUGUGAAAAAGCACAGACUCCAGACGGGGGUUUUAUUUUUGGUAGGAGGAAGACUUGUUUCCAUGUAUGUCUUGCCUGUAACUGUGGUGAACCAUGGUAUGUUAUCCUCUGGGGCGACAUUACCAAUGUUGGAAUCGGUGUGCCAUGGGCCGUUAAGGUUUGUUACUAGCGCCAAAGCUUUCAUCCAACCCAUUACUGUGACAUGCUAAUGACAAUGUUUGCCUACACUCACAGGACAGUAUUUAUUUGAGGGUGUCUAUAAGGCCUGUACAGAACAGGGAAAGAUGGCACUGUGGCUCCAGAGUGGCCUAGAAAGCAUAAAAAGUAACUAACACCUGGUAGUGUCACAGCUGUCCGUAAACAGGUUUCCAAUGGGCAGUGCACUGACUGGGUUAGGAGAUUCCUUCUCUCAAUGAGUUCUAGUAACACCUUGUGGCUGGAUAACUGGCACUGUGACUCAAUGGUGAUUGGUAGAGCGUAUGGGAACAUCUGUCCCAAUUUUGGCCUCUUGAACCUGCUGGGAAGAUGACACUGAGACAGGGUCGUGACUACACAAUCGGAUACCACAACAUCGGGGAGAAAACUAGGUAACAUUUGAUUAAAUAAAUUACUAAAAGGUAUUUUAGUAGUCUGAGCCCUAUAAAAGGAAUGAUCAAUGAAACAACUUGAAGGCAACGUUUCUGUUUAAAUUAUUUUAUGUGACACUGUAAACUUAAAGACAUUUUUAACAAAAAUACUUCUAGUAAGUCAAAAUCUAAAUAAAUUACAAGUAUUGAAUAUUCAUAAUGUUUAUGUCGAAUUGACUCAGAACUUGAAGAAGUCACUUUAAUUUACUUUUUUAGGUUAUAAUAACGAGUUAUAGCCUGUUCAGUUAGUCCAACUUUAUAAUUUCAAGUUUAGAGAACUUGACUGUUAAUUUUUGAUUUGAUGACUAGAUCUCUAUUGUAUAAUGAUUAAGGUAUUUUUUAACUCAAAGACUGUGACGACAAUUAGGUACAGUUUUGUUAAAUAUGUAUAAUGACAAGACAUUUAAGUUCCUAUACCUUAAAAUGUACUUGUUUUUACAUAAAAUGUUUCGGCCAUUCUAAGCCUCAUUUAAGAAAUAAAGAAGUUUAUUUUAACUUCAUAUGAUUUGAUAUUUAAUUCUAAAUUAAAUAAAUCAGUUCACUUUAAUAAACCAUUCCAAGACAACAAUAUAUCUGUAAUUGAACAAAUACAGUAUGUCAUGUUUUAUUUUCAAAAAGUUAAACUAAAUAAUAUAACAUUAUAUUAAAAAUGAUGGUAAAUUUACUAAAACAUGUACAAUUUAUAGCUCAAUUUAUCAUUUCAGUUAUUUUCACGUUUAUUUAUUCUGUGACUACGUCAUCUCACCAUAUGUUAGAGGCAUAAUCAGUCGUCACAACACUUUCUUUCGGGGAUUCUGGUAAUGUUUGAGAGGAACAAAACAGAAACAUUUUGACUUCCUUAUCCACAAAUAUUCAUGAGUAGCUAUGAUAUAAAGUGAAUCCAUCUGCAAUCAUUCUAAUGCUCUCCAAUAUGUUCAUUGACAGGAUGCUUUUGUUUUUGCCCUAGAAUUGGAUUAGUGUACAACCGAGCAUAACAGCAGGCUGUUAAGCUCCUGCCUAACCAUUUCUUUGGAUUUGUGAAUACAUCUCAUUAUUUGAAUGUAUUUUUAGAUGUAUAUUUAAUGACAUGUGUUGACGAGGUUUGAUGAAGUUUGUAUAUACUUGUAUCCUUGUUGAAUAAAUUACAUGCAUGUAUACCUUGAAUGGG